AUGCAUGUUGGGUAAUGUGGGAGGGAUUAUGGUAAAGAUGGCGGCGUCCUCAGUAGCAGGACGCGUUUUGACUCUUUGCAGACAGUUUCAAAAUGUCUGUAGGAUAUCUUACAGCGAUAAAUGCCCAGCAUUGUGCUAUUAAUGUGACCAAAUACCAGAGUCAUGUUUACAGGGGAAACUUUCCACUUGUUGCCCCAUCCUGGUGCAGUCCGAUCAGCUCUGUGGGUCAGUGUCGAGCUCUGCAUACAACCAUCAGCAGAAGAGGACUGGAAGAGUUCUUUGAUUUGCCUGAGAACUGGGGAGAGGUCAAAGUGAAGUCAGGUGCACCAUGGACGGCCAAACAACUGAGAGCAAAGAGCAACGAGGAUUUACACAAACUCUGGUAUGUGCUGUUGAAAGAAAGGAACAUGCUGCUGACACUCGAGCAGGAAGCAAGAAGGCAGAGGGUUCAGAUGCCGAGUCCAGAGAGAAUAAGGAAGAUUGAACGGUCCAUGAUCAGGCUGGAGACGGUGGUGAAUGAGAGAGAGACAGCGCUGCGUCUGCUGCAGACAGGACAGGAAAAAGGCAGACCAGGAGCCUGGAGGAAAAACAUCUUUGGAUACACCUACUGGUAUCGAUUCAAGGAGUAUGCAAUUCCUUGGUACAUGAAUAGAAGAUACAAGCGAAAGAGGUUCUACACACCCAAGUUUGUCCAACCAUACAUAAGGCUUCGCAUAGAGAAGUAUCAUCGGGAACGGGCCAGGAAAGCAAACUUGGAGAGGGAAAGUCAGGCCAAACUAAAGCAGAAGUUUCCUCAUAUGAAGGUUUCCUCAUCGUCAUCGUGAAAUGUCAGACCACCAUUGUGCUGAUGAUGUAUUUAUGACAGCUGCGAUCCUCACAUCUGUCCAGACACAAAGCCCUCUCCACAUUUUAUUCAAUAAGUUAAUAUGGAUCGACUCUGCGGUCUGACUCAGGUCAAUUCAAAUAACUGAAGUUGGCCUGAAACUGUCUCCUAUGUAGAGUGUAGGUUUAUUUGUCCAGCUGUCAUUUGAUCCUAGAAGAUAAAUUAUGCUUCAUUACCCUGAAAUGUCUUGGUCACUGUAUUCAUACUUGUUAUUAAAACACACCUCUCAUACUGA